AUGUCGGUCUAUCGAAUAUUGGGAGGCAUUUACAUAAGCUCCGUAGAGCCCCUUGACAAAGGUUCGGAUAUAAGAAAAGAGCACGGAAUAGAAUAUAUUAUCUCGGUACAGAAACAAAGCGUACCUGAAUUAUAUGUCAAGGCUCCUUAUCGUCACCUUCAAAUUCCAGUGGACGAUGAUGAAAAGUCAAAUAUAAUAUCUUUCUUUGAACAAACGAAUCGUUUCAUAUGCUUUGCACUGUAUGGAAAUUAUAACCAGGUACCCAAUACAGCAAAACUAGCCAAGCAUAAAUCUAGCAUCUUGAUACACUGUAAUGCUGGAUGUUGUAGAUCUCCUACAGUUUUGGCAGCUUUUUUAAUGAAAUAUUAUCAAAUGAGCUUAAAAGUUGCACUUUAUGCAAUGAAACGAGUUAAGUCAGAUGUUUGCCCCAACAAUAGCUUUCUACGUCAACUGAAAUUAUACGAAGAGCUAGGUUGUCAGGAUAGCCCGAAAAUACUGAGAGGUAUUCCAAUAUAUAAACAGAUGGUAUUGGAACUUGGCUACGAUAAUCAUGAGGCUAUUGUUAAAUCUGAUGACUUCUAUGGAGAUGAAUCGACAAAUUUUGACGUAACGAGUGUUUUGAGGUGCAAAAGAUGUAGGAUCACGCUGGCUAAUUCAGCAUCAUUCAUACCUCACGAACCACCAUCAGAUGACAAAGAUAAGCAAGCCGUAUUCAUGGAGGGGCUCUCGUUGUAG